CCUUUAAGUGGCUAGUAAAAUGACACAUAGUUAGCGGUUGUGUACAGCCGGACUCGGUAAAUAAGUGUCUAUGAAGGGGUGACGUCAGAGGUGGAGAUGCCAUGGCGUCGUCGGAGCUGAGACUGGAGCUUGCCAUCUAGUCAAAGGUUGUCGUCGAUGCGCUCAGCGAAAUGGAGAAGAAUGCAAACCCUCAUCGAGACGCGGGAGGAAGUGUCCUGUGCACCGCUAUCCCCGCAGAACCCGCGGAUAUCAAAACAGUGGGCGGAAUGAAAGAUGUCUGCGAGAAGAGAGAGACUUUGAGUACUUGUGCAAGUGCUAGCGGUGCUAAUGCUACACCCUGCACACAGACAUCAGAUGCUGCUGAGACAGUAAGCAAGAGCGUUUUACCAGAGACACUGUCUGCAACGGAUCAGCUGAGCAACGGGAUGGGAUACGAACCGUCGACGACCGCUGCUGGGAAUAAGGAGGGUGGCACCUCAAAGUUAGUAAACAACCUCGCGGGAGAGCAACCCGACAUCAGUAACGUGCAAGCGGACGGUUUGGAUGGAGGGAUGCAAGAAGCGACGAAGCUGGCCAAGUCUGCCUGUUUGUGCUCGGACAAAGCAAAAUCCGCGAGCUCGAAUUCAAACGAUAAUGGCAGUGAGCCCAGCAUCGCAGGGGAGUCCCGCAGCUUUGAUUCACUGGAGUCCUUCUCCAACCUCAACUCCUGCCCGAGUUCAGACCUCAACAGCGAGGGACUGGAGGACAAGGGACUGACUUUGGAGAUUCAGAGUGAAUACGGGGCUGAGGGAACCAAAAUCUCCUGUCCUAAAGACAGGGUGGCCGGUCAGUCGUUGUACCACAUCAAGUGGAUAAAGUGGAAGGAGGAGAACACGCCUAUCAUCACACAGAACGAGAACGGGCCGUGUCCGCUGCUGGCUAUUAUGAAUGUCCUGCUAUUGUCAUGGAAGGUCAAGCUGCCACCAAUGAUGGAGAUAAUAACAGCAGAGCAGCUGAUGGAAUAUCUAGGAGACUAUAUCCUUGAAGCCAAGCCAAAAGAGAUCUCGGAGGCUCAGCGGCUGAACUACGAACAGUGUAUAGAUGUGUACAGGAGUUGUUUUUUCCCCCCACAGUGGAUACACAGAUGCUGUAACCACAUCAUUCUAGGGGGAAAAAAAACAUACACGACUGUUCAAAAGUUUGUGAAUAUGAGUGACGCUAUGGCAGUGCUGCAUAAACUGCAGACAGGUCUGGAUGUAAACGUUAAGUUCACAGGUGUGCGGGUGUUCGAAUACACACCCGAAUGCAUCGUCUUUGACCUGCUGGAUAUCCCACUCUACCACGGAUGGCUGGUUGACCCACAGAUGGCUGAUACAGUUAAGGCAGUGGGGAACUGUAGCUAUAACCAGUUGGUAGAGAAGAUAAUCAGCUGUAAGCAGUCAGACAACAGCGAGCUGGCCGGGGAAGGUUUUGUGGCAGAGCAGUUUCUGAACAACACAGCGACUCAGCUAACAUAUCACGGCCUGUGUGAACUCACUUCUACCGUACAAGAGGGAGAACUGUGUGUCUUCUUCAGGAACAAUCACUUCAGCACCAUGACCAAAUUUAAGGCCCAGCUGUACCUGCUGGUAACGGAUCAGGGGUUUCUCACUGAGGAGAAGGUGGUUUGGGAAAGUCUGCAUAAUGUCGACGGAGAUGGAAACUUCUGCGACUCAGAGUUCCAUCUGAGACCGCCCUCUGACCCGGAAACUGUGUACCGUGGUCAGCAAGACCAGAUCGACCAGGACUACCUGAUGGCACUGUCCCUACAGCAGGAACAGCAGGCCUCAGACCUGGGUUGGGAACAGAUCCCAGAAGGCAUCAGUGAUCUAGAGCUGGCCAAGAAGCUGCAGGAGGAGGAGGACCGCAGAGCGUCACAGUACUAUCAGGAGCAGGAACAGGCACAGGCAGCGGCUGCGCAGGCACAGCAGCGGGUGCCGACCAGGUGGAUAGAGCGGCAGCCGCUGGAGCCUCAGCGGGGGGAGCCACGGCUUCUCCAAGCCCAGGCAAACAGCCCUCAACGGGGGAACGCAAACCCAAGAAAGAAGCCAAGGACAAAGACAAAUGCAUCUUGUUGUAACAGCAGUGGACUCUGUGUGGAGUGCGAAACGGGCAGCAUUUUAAUUCCAGUGGCUCUGCAAUGCAUCUCCCAGCGUGAGGUGGAGAAAGAAUAGAGAUGAGAGAAGUGUGACAGACGGAGAGGACUUGCCAUUCUCAAGCCACUUGUGCCUGACUUUAACCCUCGGAGUUCUGAAGAUGCAGACAAGAAGAGAGGGGUGCCACUACAAGGACUACCACUACAUCUUUCGUAGAGCUGGCCAAAUGUUCUCAGCAGGAAAUCCACUGCAGUGCACUAUAUUUGUGUGGGGUCACCAGGGAGGGUGUUUUUUUGUAGUAAAACAAGGUAAUGUACACAUAGCACUAGGCAAAAAAAGUACCCCCCCCUCCC